AUGGAACUAAAGCAGCUGUUUGAAGCCUACGCCAUUAUCGCACUGGCAGCUAUAAUCGCCGGCGUCUACACGGUCUACCAAUUCUUCUUUUCACCCCUUGCUAGAAUUCCAGGCCCGUUCAUUGCUAAAAUUAGUCCCACGUACUAUACAUUCAUCGCGAAAAGAGGGCGUAUUCAUCGAGACCUGGCUAACCUACACAGAAAGUAUGGAAAGGCUGUCAGAAUCGCUCCUAAUGUGUUGAGCGUUAUAGAUCCAACAGCAUUUAGAGAAAUAUAUAAGGCUGGCAACAGAUUCUGGAAGGCCGAGUCAUACUCUGUACUCCAAGGCUCGCGGCCAUUCGACCUUGCCGGCCAGAGGAAUGAGAAGAUUCAUUCAGAACAGCGUAAACUAGUCGCACGGGCUUACUCCAUGGACUCCAUAACCUAUCUUGAACCUCAAGUAAACUCGGUUUUGGUGUCGCUGGUAAAUCGGCUAAGGGGGAUUCGUGCUCAACCAAUCGACUUGGGAUACUGGAUUCAACUGUUUGCUUUUGACACUAUUGGAGCCAUUAGCUUCUCUAAGCCGUUCGGAUACGUCGAGAGUGGCGAUGACGAGAGGAUCUUUCUUCGACUCCGAAAGGCUUUUCGCUGCAUAGGCUGGAUUAAGCAUUCUUCUACCCUUUUCAAAGUACACCAGAGACUAAUGCCGUAUAUUGGGAAUUGGCUGGCUAGCAAUGACCGAAAUACUUACUUUUUUGAGCUGGCUUCAAAAGAAAUUCAGGCUCGGACGAAUCGUGACGGCGACUUUAAGGAUAUCGUGAGCCAGCUCUUCUCGGUACAGAAGGCUAAACCGGAAUUUAACGACACCAACCUUGCUUUCAUGAUGACAACGAAUGUCUUUGCCGGAUCCGAUACCACGUCAACCUCACUGCGAGCGAUCUUUUACCUACUACUAAAGUAUCCUGAGAAGUAUAACCGCCUUAUGGAGGAACUAGAAAGCAAGAGGCAAGCUGGAGAGCUGAGUAACCCUGUUACUUUCAACGAAGCAGAGGCUUGGCCCUAUCUUCAGGCCAUCAUGUAUGAAGCGACACGGUUAUAUCCAGCAGUAUGUGACCUCCUAGACCGAGAUGUGCCGGAGGGCGGCAUGACGAUCGAUAGAUACUAUGUACCAGGCGGAGUUGUGGUUGGAACAAGUGCGUGGGUGAUUCACCGUGCACAAGAGAUCUGGGGUCCCGACGCCGAAGAGUUUCGUCCAGAGAGGUGGUUGGAGAAGGAAAAUGAAGGCACGAUGAAGCGGUUUUUCUUCUCAUUUGGCGGCGGCUCUCGGACUUGUAUCGGAAGACAUAUAAGCUGGCUGGAAAUAGGCAAGCUUGUCCCUACUCUUCUUAUGUGUUUCGACAUGAGGCUGGCCAACGGCGCCGAAUUGAAGGAAGAGCACGGCACCCUUCUGUUCCUCGAUGGGUUAGAAGUUUAUAUGACGCCACGGGAAGUGUAA